AUUUACAACGGUAAGUGACACAUCUCGUUGUCCUCGAAAUUAAAAGUAUUUCGCUAUACGAUCAAUCUUCUUAUGUACGGUAAAUAAGUAAGCAGCACACGAUGCGGAUCGAGUUGAUAAUCGUGCAGGUCAUUCUAUCCGUGGUUACGGUGAAAUGCAGCAACAUUACUCCCGCCGUGUUCGGAAAUGUACUGGAUGGUAUGCCAGCUGCUUUCGGAGAUUUCAAUUCCGACGAAUUGACCGAUGUGUUCAUGCUGCGCAAAAACUGCACCACUGUUGAGAUCUUCCUUGCCGCCGAACAAGAACCUCUCUUGAGACCUAGCUCCAAUCUAAGUUGUACUUUUCAUCGUUUAGUCGUCAGUGUAGUACCAGGAGACUUUGACGGAGACGUGUUCAUGGAUGUUCUAGUAAUCACGUAUGAUGAGAAAACGAAAUUAUCAUUUGGAUAUAUAUUAUGGGGUGGAAACGGCCGGUUAAACUGCACCAACGAAGAAGAUCCGUUGAUAAUGAUGAAAGGUCAGCCAUUAGCUCUCGAUUAUAACAACGACAUGAUAAUAGACCUGUUCGGAUUGAACGAACAUUCCAAGAGAACUUUUUGGGUAUUCGAUCAAAGCCGAAACCGACCGAAAUCUAUAUCGAUAGACACAUUGCCAGAGGAAAGACCGCUGCCAUCGAUCAGUCAGCCUCACUCGAACGCUUAUCUUGACCUAAACAAUGAUUUCUUGGCUGAUCUGGUCGUCACCACGAACAAAAGCUUCGAAAUUUGGUUGGGUGCUAAGCCAGGAUUUCAUUUUGACCAUGAGAUAUGGUUUCCCUAUGAUAUUUCAUCGGACAAAAAUUUCAACGGUGUGCUUGGUCAAUCGCUUUACUUGGACAUCGAGUUGACUGGCAAAAUGGCAUUACUUUUACCAUUGUGUUUCGAUAUCGCAUGCACAAACAGCACGAUCAUGAUGCAUUCGGACGCAUGGUAUAAUUUACAAGUAAAUUUCAGAGAUGGAGAUAAUGUUUUAUGGGGCUUUGUGAUACCUGAUGGACACCGAUACACCGAUACUAUAACUUUGCGUGGUGGUGAUUUCAAUAUGGACGGUUAUCCAGAUCUGUUAGCCACACUGAGAUCGACCAGCGGCAAGCAAAUACGAUCCUAUCUAUUAGAGAACGUUGCAUGCGAUUCGUGCGUCGGUUAUACUCGAAAAUUUGAAAUUAAGUGGCAAGCGUUAAAUCCAUUUUACAACGAGACCACAAUGGCGGUGUUCUAUGAUUUUUAUCAAGAUGGCAUCUUAGAUGUGAUCUUGGUGCAGAUGGACAAAAGUAUCAAUAGAUAUUAUACAGCAGCGUUCAAGAAUAGUUUAGAUUACGAUGCAAACUUUGUCAAAGUGAUGGUACUCACUGGUCGCAAUAACAGCAUGUAUCCGAUUUCUCCAGGCUCACUUGGCAAGAAAAAGAGAACUUACGGAACGAAUCUUCCUGGUCCAUCUAUAGCUUAUCGAACCACCACACAAGAUGGCAGCCCGCGAAACGCAAUUGCAGCUCAGCUGCCACAAAGCGCACACUUCUCCUUGAAUUUACCAUACACGACUUUUGGUUUGGGUAGGACGCCCAACUUUGUUGACGCUCUCACAAUCGGAGUUGGUGGCAAAUGUCGGGAAUGGCCGCAAAUCAUCCCUAAUUCUCAAAUGGUAAUGAUUCCGAAUCCGAUUGAUGAACCAUGGCGGUGGAAAGCUCAGCUGUUCGUAACUCCUAGCAAGUUAAUUUUACUCAGUGCAGCAGCAUUGACUGGCACUUGCGGUUUAAUAUCCUUCAUUAUUGUCGCUCUUUAUUGGAAAGAGCGAAGAGAGGAUAAAAUCGAGAGACUUCAAGAAGCACAUAGAUUUCAUUUUGACGCGAUGUAAAGGUUCGAUUAAGAAUCCAUUGAAUAUCUUUAAGAAAUGUAUUUAAUAGCUCUAUAAGUUAUUUCGUAAUCGAUAAAUAAAUAGAUAAAUCAAUAAAUUAAUAAAUGUACAAACAUCUACAAAUAAAUGAGCAAAUGAAGACAUUGAAGUACAUACACGAUUGGACGCGAUGUAUCGCCAUAUGCAAUACACGUAUGUAAUUCGAAGAAACUUUGGCGAUAUUUUGUACAAUAAGUUUCUGAAAUAUAUCGCGCACUCCGCUAGUUUCACAUAAAAAGUUGUCACCGUCGUCACUAAUAAA